AUGGUUGACAACAAGGUGAAAGAACUCCAGAAUGCUGUCCAAAAUACCGUUAAAUCUACCUCAGAUACAAACACCGAUAAUAUUAAAGCAUGUGUUACAAAUAUGUUUGAACACAUUACUAAAAACGAUAUCCCAACUGGUAGCAAAAGAUCAUAUGCUAAUAUUGCUACUGGUUCAACCUUCAUCGUAACAACAAACAACUUUGACCAGGAUUCAAACAGCACAAAGUCGGAGAUCCUCAAUAAAAUAAAUCCAAUAAAAGAAGAUUUAAAAGUUACACAAGUUAGAAAUUUAGGACAAGGUGGAAUUGCUAUACGUUGUGAAAACGAAAACUUUAAGCAAUUAGUCCAUACAAAAUUAGAUAAUAAGUACUCUUUGAAGGAAGUUACUCCUCUAAACCCUAGAGUUAGAAUUGUUGGAUUGUCUGAAAAGUUUGAUAAUGAUAUUUUUCUAAAUUAUUUUAAAGUUCAAAAUAAAUCAGUAGUAUCGCAAAUGCGAUUUAUUAUCAAUAUAAUCUCUGAGAAAUAA